AUGGCCAACCUCGGCAUCCAAUCACCGACCCGGCAAACGGCCGCCUUUCACCUCCCCUCGUCGUCCUCUUCUUCGGCCGCCAGCGACGACGACGAUGCCCCGCUGCCAUUUCCCGCCGCCCUUCCCCGAUCCGACUUCCUCGCUCCAGACUUCCACCCGGCAAACUACCUCUCCGCCCUGCCGCACCGCCACCAGACCCUCGACGACCUGAAGGCCGAGCUGCGCGACCGCAGCGCCGCCAUCAGCGCCGAGCUGCUCGAGCUCGUCAACGGCAACUACACCGCCUUCCUGUCGCUCGGCAGCGAGCUGCGCGGCGGCGACGAGAGGGUCGAGAGCGUCCGCGUCGCCAUGCUCGGCUUUCGGAGGGCCGUCGAGGAGAUCAAGGCAAGGGUACGCACGAGGGGCGAGGAGGUCCAGGGUCUGAGCGGCGACCUGAGGGAAGUGAGGAGGGAGAUCGAGGCGGGCAGGAAGAUGCUGGAGCUGGACGAGCGGCUAUCUGCGCUGGAGGAACAUCUCGCGCUGGCGAGCUUGCCUGGGAAGGCCUCGUCGGACGAUGAGGACGACGACUGGGAUGCGGAUGACAGCGAAGAGGAUGAGGAGGAUGGGGAGGAGGGCGGCGCUGGUGGGCUCGUGGCGAGCAGUCCUGCAAAGCUGGCGGGCUUUGCGCAGGACUUCUGCAUCAUCGAAGCCCUGGCAGAUGCCAUCGGACGUGAAGUCCCGUUCGUCGUCAAGACGGAGGCGCGCAUGACGAGGUGUCGAAAUACCAUCCUCCUCGACCUCGGAACGGCAAUGAAGGAGGCGCGGAAGGCCGGGAACAAGGGCCAGGCGAGAGUAGUCAAGUACCUCGGCCUUUACGGAUUGUUGAACGCCCAGGCAGAGGCGAUCAAGGCCCUCAAGAGCAGUUGA